CAUUUCUUCAGCUUUCAUCAACAAAUACCGCUAAUCCAGCCACAAAUCCUUAGAAUACCACCCGGCGUAUUGUGAUGUCACCAAACAUUUCCUUUGACUCCGGCACAAUCGACAGAUUCAACCGGGCAGCAGCCGGGUAUAUCGUGCCUCUCCUUCUCAUAGUCACGAAUCUGAUUACCUACAUCAACAAAGAUGCAUCCAAAGCUUAUGAUCUUACUGGCCUUAACGUCUUUGCCAACCUCUAUUUGCUUGGAGCCUAUCUUAGAGGCGACAGGUUCGGCUAAUGGUCCCCGACCAAGUGCGCUGAACCAGGAGAUGUAUCUUGAGUUGCUUCAUGCACUGGAACAGCUUCAACACGGAGAGACGAAAAACAACGUGGAAGAACAACGGCCCGAGAAACGCAGAUCUAUAUAUGAACGUGCAUGGGAUGCGAUUGCGCCAUCACAUGAGUUUAAGGAGGGAUUAAAGAUAAUAUGGCUCCGCUGGACUUUCGAAAUCAAGCAUGCCGUCGGUUUAACAGAAUGCGGACGCUUUAGUGGACACGCCGGUCCAAAUAACGAGCUCUACUAUCAGUAUGAGACUGAUGAUGGCCACUGCGAUACCGUCAUCGAACAGAUCGAGAUUGAACGGGCAAUCGAAAGCCGUAUUAAAAAGGAAGGGGUAACACUUCGUACCACCGAAUGCCUGGACCUGACUGACAUUGGCGUUUGGAAUGGUCACCUCCUCAUUGGACCGACCAAGGGCUUUGACUACGAAAUAGAGUGCGGGCCAAAGCUUAUUGUUACUCCGGUAUCCAUGAUGUGGGAUUUGGAAAGUUUAGAGGAAGCGGAGAAGGAGAAAGAACAGCAAGCUGACCGUGAGCUAUAGAGAAAUGAGUUUAGUUGAAGAUGAUGAGUCGAGCAGUGAUUCUGCAGGUAACCUAUAACAUAUUUCGAUGGGCCAUCAACCGUGAAAAGAGUAAAAGGCCAGGAUAGCAAUUACGGGAAGUCAAUUUAACCUUAUAGGCAGCAAGAAGUCAAGUAGUUGCAAUUUCAUAAUCAAUUAUAACCAAGAGAAUGAUAACUGCCGCAAAUGACAUGCAUACCGGACGUGGUGGUUAUUGUACUUAGCUGGUACUUGAAUCUUG